AUGCAGCCCGGAGUUCUUCCAACCACAUCCUUUCCAGAAUGGGCACAACAUUAUGGAGUGGAGAUGUCGACGCUCAAGCUAGCCUGGAGCCCCUCAGUCGAUGGCUUCGGACUCGUGACGCAGUCGGCAGUGACCUCUAGCCAGUCGUCAAGCCCUGUGCUCCUCACAGUACCACCGAACCUCAUACUAUCAGCCCCGACUAUUGACGCAAUAGCCGAGGUAGACGAGCAGCUGCGUGAACUUCUCCAUGUGAUGCAGGCGAUGACGGCACGCGAAAAGAUCAUGCUCUUCCUGCUCCUACACACUACGCGCCCGGCACCUAGUGACCGCACCGGGCUCAGCGCUGCUUGGACCGAGUAUGCUGCUAUGUUACCGCGCGACGUGCCGGUUCCGACAAUGUGGCCGGCUGCAGAACAAUGCCAGCUAGUCGGGACCUCGUUAGCGGAGCCGCUCAAGGCUAAACUAACGGCGCUCAGAGCCGAAUUCACGCGGCUCACUGCGCAGGCGCGACGCUUGUCUUGGUGGCACCAAGAUGAUUACAGCUUCCGCGACUGGCUCUGCCUCGAUGCGUGGUACCGCAGCCGCUGCCUCGACCUACCAGCCAGCGGCCCCUCUCUUGUGCCGGGCCUUGAUCUCGUCAAUCACGCGACGCCCGCCGUCGCCUACUUUGAGCAGCUGAACUCGACAACGCCCGCCUGCCUACACCUCCGGCCUGGCGUCACGCUUGCCGCCGGUGCUGAGAUCAGCAUUGACUAUGGCGCGACUAAAGGAGCGGCUGAGAUGCUCCACAGCUACGGCCCUUGGCUCGCUUUCAUCUGUCUCAACGAAGAAGACGGCCUUACGCUGCGUCGCACCGCUACCGGCUCUCAACUUGAGGUGUAUUGGAAGGGCCACGACGUGAAAGCCGCAACCGCCAACUUCACCACCCUCACAGCACAAGACCCUCAACAGCCCGUUUUUGCCCUACGCGUUCUCGCUAUGGUGCAGACCGCGCUGGCCAAGGCGCUACAGGAGCUGGAACUUACUGAACCGUUCUGGACACCAACGGCAUCACGCCCUCAGCAGUUGCGUCAAAUCGAGCAUUCCCUUGUGGCGGAUCUGAGUGAUACUGUUGAGGAGGAGAUUGCCUGCCUUCUCGCUACAGAAUGUGUGCAACAAUAUCUGGCCAAUGCCUCCGGUCUAGACACAGGUCUGACCGAUAUCUCGUGA